GCCGUCGCAUGUAUGACAGUCUGUCGUCGUUGUCAAAGAAAUAACCUAAUUUUAGGAAUAUUUUCUUUUCUCUUAUUUAAUUAUUUUCCUUAUUGUAUCUGUUUAAAUUUUACAUAAAUUGUUUCUCAAAGUGCCGAUGUUGACAAAUAGUUAGUACGAAGUGUGCUAGGAGAUACUGUUAGCUAUGAAAUCUCCGCUGAUGCCACGAGGGUUUCGCCAAUCUUUAACUGUUGCUUGUUGCUUCCACUUUACAAAUCUCAUAAAAAUAAUGUCCAUCGGAACAGUGCUUCGGAUUCCGGCUGUUUGAUUUGCCGGAAAAUAAUGAAGAUAAUGCGUAGGAGGACGAACCAGAAGGAUAUAUUUUACCAUGAAGCCCGUUUAUAGUCAAUGUGUAAUUGACAUUAUCAGGCCUUGUUAGAUUGCCUUCUGAGGAAAAUAGGUGCAAAUUUGAUUGCUUCCAUAACAAAUCAAAAAACAAAAGUCCACCAAUUUACAUUUGGAGUUUUAAAGAAUUGAGAAAAAGGGGUUCGAGAAUUUUCUUGUUGAAAAAUCUUUUUUUUUUACUUUUUUUUCUUGCUAAAUAUUUAAGAACUGAUUGUGAAUAGUUGAGAGUUUUCGUGAAACUCGUGUGUAACGUAAAUAUUGCAUGAAUUAUACUCAUAAUAAUAAUUAAGAGAUAAGACGAUUGGGUAUGAGUUUACCCCCUGUUGAGAAAUUUGAUGGCUACGAAUGCAGCGGUCCCAGACCUCCAGUUCCUGGUGGAGAGUGUCGACCUCACAAGAUGACUGAAGGUGUUCCAGGACAGUCACAGGAAUCAUCCUCAUCACCACCGUACUUGAAAUGGGCCCGUACACUUUCGAGCCUCCUUGAAGACAGCGACGGUGUUGAGUUGUUUAGGCGUUUUGUGGAGACAGAAGGUGGUAUACAUGCGGAUCGAUUAAAUUUCUAUUUUGCCUGUGAAGGCCUUAAAAAGCAGACAGAUCCGGAAAAGAUCAAACGACUGAUAAUUGCAAUUUAUCGAUUCUUACGGAAAAGUCUGUUGAAAAUUCCUGAAAAUGUAGAAAGUCUCGUAAAGGCAGCUCGACACAAUAAAAUUCAACUUAGUGCCAAUAUCUAUGAUCAAAUGCAGAAAGAUGUUGAGCGUGCAAUUAAUGAAUCAACAUAUUUGCACUUUCUAAAGUCUGAAAUUUAUCUGGAACAUGUGAGAAAUAUGACAAGUACCGGCGGUGCCGGUGCUCCACAAAUCCCUUCGGCUUCCAGCAGUUCGGGUGGUUCAGAGCAACUCACGAGGAGUUUUACACUGCCAACUCUCCAUGAGGACAGUGAAUUAACUCUGGGUGAAGCUUCAUGUGCCAGUGGCUCGCAGAUGGGUAGCCGGACACCGGCUGAUGUGCCAAUGAGACUGACAAGAGAUGCUCUGCUGGCAACAGAACAGCGUCGUCUCGAAAUUCGUCCAUCUGGAGCGUUUGGAUAUCGCUCGUACACCAACAAUUGCGAUUCAUUCUACCCCGUGUCACUCCAAGACUCUGAAAUCCAAAGUUUCAGUUCGGGACAAACGGAUUCAGAUACUGCAUCAAUAUCAACAUCAAUGGAUGGAAGAUCUUAUUCGCAGAGACGACAAAGUUCAAUGGAAAAUCGAGCUAUUAGACAGAAUGCUUUAACAAAUAAAGAAGCAGAUUCAACUCCGAUAAUUCCAAGAACACAUCGAAUGCACAACAAUAAGCACUAUGGAAUGAAGCCUGAAGAACUGAUAUUGGCUCUUAUUCCGCGAUUGGAGGCAAUAAAGAAGAAACAGGAUUCAGAGGAGCUUUUUGUGAAGAAGAUGCAAGAGACUGACGCAUCAAUCAAUGAGAGAGCUCUGUCCUUUCAGGCUGAAUUGCGUGAUGCAAUCAGGGAAAAAUUGCCAAUUGAGGAUGACAGUGAUCAAGCCAUUCUCGAUCAACAUGUCCAACGAGUGUGGUCAGAUACGCCUAAUCGGUCUCCAGGAACCAAAUCACCUGAUCCUCUGGCCAAUCGACGGCGAGGAUAUGAUAUUAAUCCUGGUUUUGGCAUAACGCCAAUGAUGAGUAGUGAAGGUGCUUUGGGUGGAAGUAGUCAGAUGUCCAUGAGACAUUCGCGAUCGAUGCCAGAAGCCAGUUCUAGUCGUCGUUCCCUCAGCAAUAAGUGGCCAUCAAUGCACACGGAUAGUGGCAUUAGUCUCUUCUCCGGAGACCUAACCAUGAAGAAGGAGCAGAGCAAUUCUCGCAACUUCCCACGAUCGAUGGGCAUGGAUGCGGCCACAAUGACCAAAAACCAGUUGGAGGAGGCAAGAAAACGUCUCGAGGAUGAAAGCAGAAGAUCUCGAAGAUACUCACAGCACGCCACAACGGCACAAUCAUCGCACCAUCCAUCAACAUCACUCUCGUCGCAUCAUCAUCUCAAGACCCAUGACUAUACCAUAGUUGUGUUCUCAUUUUGUGAUGAGGAAUUCCCCUAUAGGACGAAAAUACCAGGACUGCAACCCACGCUCAAGCAAUUCAAGGAAUAUCUGCCGAAGAAAGGAAAUUUUAGAUUCUUUUUCAAGACUGCCUGCGAAGAAGAUCCUGACAAUCCAGUCAUUCAGGAGGAGGUUGUGUCUGACUCGGAAGUCCUUCCGCUCUUUGAGGGGAAAGUAAUGGGUCUCGUGAAGCCAUUUGAAUAGUGCUUAAAAGUAAGUUCAGUGAAUUUAUGAUUGUAAAAAAACAACAUAAACAAAUAAUGUCUCUUUAGAAUGUUAACAAGUGUUUUUUUUAAUGAAAGAAAAUAGUGAAAAAUUUCGCAGCACAAAAUGAUCCAAGAAA